AUGACAAGUAACUUACCCUAUGUGGAAGGUAUCAGUAUGGACAUAUUCGACAGCUUUGCUCGUCUCGCUGAAGAGAUAGAUAGCAAGGAAUGCUCCAGUUACUGCGAGGGGAGCAAAACGAAAUACAUCACCGCAGACAUUUUCAACGCGACUCAAGCCACCUUAGGAGGGCCAUUCGACUUUGCUAUCAGCCUUCUAUGUUUU